AUGGACCCCCCUAUCCGCCCCUCCAGUUCGCUAUUCGAUGUCUUCUUACGCCUACGCCCUUCCAAUUCCAAGGAUGCGCGGUUCCUGAGUGUAGAGGAGAGCGAGCAAAGCCACCCGACGCACAUCACCAUACAACCCCCUACAAACGACAAGCGCAAGCGAGCUGUUGAGCGCUUCGCGUUUACACAAGUCUUUGAGGAAGAUGCGCGGCAAAUGGAUGUGUUCAAGGGCACUGGGGUGAUCCCAAUGAUUGAGGGAGUCAUGGGUGCACCAGGCCACCACGGACGAGAUGGAUUGUUUGCGACUCUGGGUUGCAGCGGAUCCGGCAAGAGUCACACAAUUCUCGGAACAAAGACGCAGCGCGGCCUCGUCCAGAUGACGCUCGAUGUCGUCUUCCAGACCUGUGAAGAGCAACUUGUACAAUCAUUUUAUGGCGCACCCGCUUUCUCCUCCUUGGCAACAGCAGAUGUCUCUGAAGCUCAAUUGUAUACGGCGACCGCAUAUCUGGACAACAUGUAUGGAGACAAUCAGUCAGAGCGAUUCCCGUCGCGAGCGAAUACCCCGAUGCAGGAUUGUAGUAUAUUCUCCACAGGAAGCAACUGGAAAUCUAGCAAGAUUCCACGCCCAUCAACGCUGCCACAGACACCUUCUGUUGCAGACAUCCAACUUCCCGCAGACCCGACCGUCGAAUACGCUAUCGUUAUGUCUAUGUACGAGGUAUACAACGACCGCAUCUUCGAUCUCCUGAGCGGCAGUGCAAGCAAGAAUAAGCAGCCCAAUGUGAAGCGAAGAGCAUUGCUGUUCAAGAACACUGAGCAGAGUCCUGACCGAAAGGUCGUUGCUGGUCUUACCAAGAUCAUCUGUGGCAGCUUCGAGGAGGCUAUGAUGAUCCUGGAGACUGGGCUCAUGGAACGUAAAGUUACUGGCACGGGCAGCAAUGCCGUCAGCUCACGAAGUCACGGCUUCUUCAACAUUGAGAUCAAGAAGCGCGAUGCUGAAACCAAGGGUCCUUGGUCUAGCAGCAAUCUCACCAUUGUUGACUUGGCCGGAUCUGAGCGUGCCCGCAACGCAAAGACAGCGGGCGAGACACUUGCUGAGGCUGGCAAGAUUAACGAAUCGCUCAUGUACCUGGGCCAGUGUAUGCAAAUGCAGUCGGACAAUCAGGGUGGCUCAAAGAACAUCGUGCCUUUCCGUCAAUGUAAACUAACAGAGAUACUCUUCUCAAACUCCUAUCCUACCCCUGGUCGUCAAAUUCAACACGAUCGCCAGCCACAAAAGUCCAUUAUGGUUGUCACAGCAGACCCCAAGGGCGACUUCAACGCCACAUCUCAGAUCUUGCGCUACUCUGCACUCGCUCGCGAGGUAACUGUACCGCGAGUACCAUCCACUACGGAGGCCAUACUCUCCGGUCUACCACAAAAGCGUCCCGGCACAGCCUGCUCCGGCCGCGCAACACCUUCCGCCAUAAUGGAAGAGCUUGAUAACGCCAACGCCGAAGUUGCACGCCUGACAGCAGAGAUCGAAGCCUUUGCCCUCCGCCUCUCUGAAGAGACAGCCCGCCGACGAGCAGCAGAAUCUUCCUGGGCAGCAGCCGAAGAGCACAUGGUCGACCUCGAGCAGGAAAUCCGCGACGAAUGCUACCUCGAAAUGGAAACAGCAGUAGAACAAGAACGCCGCCGCUGGCAAGCUGCCCUAGAAAACGAACAAGAUAACCAACAAGCCCACAUCGACUCCAAAAUCGACGUCGUCAUCCGCGCCACCAAAGCUCAGAUGAAGCAAGAGGUUAAAGUCUACGAAGACCCAGACCCGGAACUCCGCGACAGGGUAGAGGAGUUGGAGCGCGAGAACGAGAUGCUACGGGCUAAGCUAGAGGCUAAGGAGCGCGAGACUAUGCAAAGGUCUGCGAGCCCGGUGAAGAAGAUGAGGAUCCUCAAGACGAAGAAGUGGGAGGAUCCCGAUGGGGGGUUGCGCAUGUAUGAUGAUUGAACGAUGUUAACGUCUGUUGUGAUGAACUGCAUUGUUGCAUGGGCGGCGUAUGGGAGGAGUUGGGUUGUUCAGUUGGGUUAAUGGGCCUUGUUUUACUAGGCAUGCAUUUGUGAUACCACGAUUUCUUGUUCUUCUUCAACAGAAACUCUUCUUUA